CGCGGGAUCCACGUGCGCGCCGAACCGAACGAGACAAACCCCGCGCGGUAUCCUCCAACGUCGUCGCUCGCGUGAACCCGCGCGUUUUCGAGGACCGUCCGCGCCGCGCGCGCUCACUCCCCGCUCGAUUGGAAGCGGUGUACUUUCAUAUUAUUAACCUAAAGCUUAUCUACAGCGAGAUGGGACUCCCCGCGGCGCUGGUCGCACAAGAAGCGACACCUCUGUUGCGUAAGAAGGACGCCGCCGCGGCGCCGCCUUCGCGAGGAUGGCGCUUCGUCGUCGUCGGUGCUGCCUUGAUCGCGACCGUGCUCGCCACGCUGCUCGUCACCGCGCGCGUCUCGUCCCGCGGCGUGAAGCUCGGCGGUGGUUAUUCAUUGCUGAACGAGACCGCCCCCAUCUACAGCGAGACGGGACUCCCCGCGGCGCUGGUCGCACAAGAAGCGACAGCCACGGAACUUCAGAUUCCGAGAGAAGUCGACGAAAAGACGCCGUCGCCGGCGCUGCGGGAACUCAUCGAUGCGCUCACGAUGGGGCCAGACGACGACGUGCCGCCGCCCGAGACGGUCGCGUGCUCGCCGGCCGAACUCGCGGAGGCUCGCGCGGCCGUCUUCGACGACGGAAAUCUCGACGACGGCGAGCUCGACGACGGCGAUUUCGACGGACCCUCGGAGGAAGAGCACGGGACGAAGCGCAAGCGCGACGCCGCCGCCGCCGCCGCCGCCGUCGACGACGACGACGUAUCCGCCGAACCUGCGGCGCUCGCGCGACGGGCUCGGUGCCGCGAGGCAGUCGCGGCGGCCGCGAUCAGCGCCGAGGAAUUGGAGAACCUCGCGGUGGAAGACGGCGCGUUCGACGAGACCGAAACCUGCCCCUCCGGCGAAGACGCACACGCCGUCACGCACGCCACGGGCGCGAAAGGUACGUACGAGAAAAAGUUACUCGCGACCAUCGCGAUCGAGGAAGCCGCCGCGGGAUACGCGGUGAAACAAAAAAAUGCCACCCUGGCAAAUCGCGCCGGCGCGGGGCUCGGAGGGUGGGGGAAGUUUUCUUCUUCCGCUUCCUCAGCGGUCGAUGCCGCUUCCACUGCUAACGGCGUGAGGGGCAACGCCCAGAUAAUCGCCGCCGAGGGCACUGGGGAUUUUUGUUGGAAAGAUUCGUACGGCCGCGGCGUCGGAAAGAUCCCGAAGAGGUGUGGGGCAGGGUACGAACUCAUCGGUUUGCUGUGUUACAAGAAGUGCUCCGCUGGAUUCACGCGAUGGGGGCUAGACUGUCACCAGAGUUGUCUGCCCGGUUGGACGAACCACGGUUUGUUCUGCUACAAAGGCUCGGCGGUGGCAAAGGGGCGCGGCGCCGGCAAAUCCAUCUCGAAGUGGGCGUAUCCGAAUCCCGCGUGCAACGCCGCGGCGGGACUCGGGGAAUCCCAAGAAACGGAACUCGACGCGUUCGACGAAGAACCGAGCGAACUCGACGCGGCGCUCGCGGAACUCGGCGAACGCGACGAAGACUUGGACGCGGAAGAAGACGAAGACUUCGAGAAGAAGCUCGCCGCGCGCCUCGGAAACGCCACCGUCGCGCGCCUCGGGUGCAGAUUCGGGUGCGGACACAAAAACCGACGCGGCCGCCGAAAAUUUGGUUGCAAGCGACUCAUCGUCGGCGGUAACCUGUGCCGCGAGAGAGGCAUGGACGUGAACGGCUUGCUGUGUUACCCUCAAUGUGAAGAUGCGUAUCCCGGCCAAGGAAGAACGUCCUUCGGCUGUUGCUUGUGCAAAGUGGACUGCGCCAAAGUCGGGUAUAAGUCCGGCAUCGGCCCGGUGUGUAGAAAGAAGAUCAUCCUCAUGAGCACCGGGCUCGGCUCGGGCGCCGGUCGUCCACUAUCGCCCAAGUGCGACGCUCACAUGGAGAACGACGCUGGGUUGUGCUACAAAAAAUGCCGCGACGGCUUCGAUGGCGUCGGUCCCGUGUGCUGGGGCGAGCCGCCCACCGGCUGGGUAAACUGCGGCAUGGGCGCCGCGGUGGACAAGGCCACGUGCGGCAGCGCCAUCGCCGACAUGGUCCUCGGGCCGCUAGAGAUCAUCGCUUUCGCGGCCUCGUUCGGGACGUCGACCGCGGCCACGGCGCCCGCGAAAGCUGCAGCGAAAGCGGCGAAGGGCGCCGCCAAAGAACUCGCGGAGCAGGGGACCGAAUCACUCGUGAAGCAAGUCAAAAAGCAAGUCGUGGAGACCACAGGCGAGUCCAUGGCGACCGGAGGCGGCGCGCAGCUGGUGUCGUCCAUCGGCGGGCUGCAAAAAUCACCGUCAACCGUCGACACCCUUCGCAAAGCCAUGGAAAUCGCCGCGCUCGUCGACCCCACCGGCGUGUCUUCCACCGUCGCCGCGUACGCGCACGACAAGUGCGAUAAGAUCUCGCCGUGAUUUCAAGUGCGACGUUUGAAAAGGGAGGCUGAAGCCUCUCCCUGAGCAGGGGUGGUACCACCCCGCUACAGUACCCCUGUCGUGUACCUUCGUAUUGCUGUUAUCAUAUUUUUAUUAUUGUUAUAAGAUAUCAUAUUUCUCUCAA